GGGAGCGACCUUGCAUUAGCGUCGAGCGGGGCCCUAUCCAGUUCUCUCCCCACAGUGCCAUUGGCAUAACCCAAAGAGACAACCCGAGUUCCUGGCUAGAUGCAUCGCCUUCAAUAGUGCCCCUCUGAUCUGGCUUCCCCGUGGUAACCGUCGUAUCGAUUCCCUUGUUGCUUUUUCCUAGCGUGCAUCUGGCCACAAGACGAGCGCUCCCAGCCACGCUGCGGCUAUCGUCUAGACCUCUGCAUAAGCUCUCAAGACGCGGUCCCGACCUACAUAACACAACGUCUGUGACCAUGUACGACCUGCAAGCGAAAGUCUGCUAAAGACCUCGUCCCUCACUUUGACCUACCUCUGUGUGUUGCUUUUUGGACCGACUUUCUUCCACGGCACUCCACAUCCGAAACGGAGAAUUGAUACGAAAAGCACUUCGACAUGCCCACCUGGCUCGUUCACGGUUUUCGAUGGCCGCGCGCACAGAUUCGCAUUCACAUUAUUCUGCAGAACCUCGACGAUGCCGCUCCAGAAUGGCUCAUGGCCCCUGCUACUACGGCCUGUAUGAUGCAAAACUUCAAGGAGCAAUGGCCAGAACAGAUGGCCCAGCUGCCUGAUCUACGCUUCAUCGAGCAAUACGAUCCCGAAGAUCUCACCGUCAAGGAUCAGCCGUACGCAUAUGUGUGCGAUAUUGUGCACGAGAUCAAGCUGGGCGUGGACGUGGAAGAGAUGAGGGGAGCUGGGCUGGGAGAUGACCAGUGGGCAGCCAUUGCAGAAUUGAGGGACAAGGUUGCACCGGGAGAAAAAUUAGGUUGGUUCGUAGUGGUCAACGGAGAUGUCGAGAGGUGGGCGCCGCCGCUGGAGGAAGACGACGAUAUAACCCCAGACGCCAGCGCCGUCAGUGCGUCAAGUCACAGGAGCAGCAUGGCACAAUCCGACACCGCACGCACCAAAGAACCGGAGCGACCGUCCUCGAGUAGGAGUUUCAAGAAGUGGUUCGGAGGGAAAUUGAGGAAAACGAAGAGCGGAAGGAAUUUGAGAGGUGAUACCACGCCAGAAGAGCCAGUUCCUCCAUUGCCACCAAUCUCACCCCGAUACGCUCUUCAAUCUUCGCACGGGAAGGCAUCUGCGCAGAAGUAAGGGCGAAACGAACAGGGAUGAGAUCAAGUACACAUAUAUAUAUAUGGCCCCAGUAAAGUCAGCCGCAACAUGUAAGCUAUCGAAUAGGUCUUUGAGGUAGCCAAGCAUCCGCAGCAAGAUAACAUACGUGAAGUUGUAGACAGCCAUUGCCUGCAUGAAUUCAUGUGCCCGUCGCAAAC